UCAGCUUUAAGAUUGGUCGGAGGAUCCAGGAGCUCGGAAGGAAGAGUUGAAGUAUUUCAUAAUAACACCUGGGGAACAGUUUGUGAUGACUCCUGGGAUAUAAAUGAUGCACAUGUCAUUUGCCGUCAGCUCGGGUAUCCUGGCGCUUUUAGUGCUCCAGGGUCUGCCCAAUUCGGGGCUGGAAGUGGUCCAAUUUGGCUGGAUGAUGUGAAUUGUCAAGGCAACGAAACUUCAAUUCUCUAUUGUGGGCACAGAGGAUGGGGCAUCGAGAACUGCGGUCACUAUGAAGAUGCCUCAGUAGUAUGUUAUGGACUAGGAUCUGGAGGUAAGAGUGCUAAGCAUGCUUUCUUUGUAAGACAAGCUAGAAUACUCCACUUUCCUAUCUCUAAGCGACAUUCUCCUUAAAUAAAUAAGUAAAUAAACAAAUUUAUAAAAUGUUUAAUCAGUAAUAGAAGUAACAGAUAAUAAUAAGUUAUUAUGAUAAUAAUUAUAAUUUUUAAUCAAUAAUAAAUGAUAGAUACCUUAUUCAACUUUUAAAAAUAUAAUAAUAAUAAUAAUAAUAAUAAUAAUAAUAAUCCUAAUAAUAAUGAUAAUGGUAUUGUAAUAAUUAUGAUAAUAAUUUUAUAAUGGCAGUGAAAAUGAUAAUGACAAUAAUAAUGAUAACGAUAAUACUGUGAUAAUAAUAAUGAUAAUAAUCAUAUCUAUAACAAAUUUCUCAAAGCUGACUGGCUAUCAGCCUGCGUGGUAGCCGGACUUGCCACUCCUCAGGAGGAGGAGAAAAAGCGGAAGUACCAACAGAGGGUGCUGGAUGUUGA